AUGAAUAAGGCCAAAAGUACCAUUGAUAGUAAAGUGUCAAGUCAAAAGAUAAAGGGAAAGUACUAUUAUUUAUUACGUCUUUACAGUUCUCUCAUUAAUAGCCAAAAAGCAGUAGUAACCCUUUUGGGUAUUUGUGUAUUCUUUGAUAUUCUUAUAUCAGAUGAGGAGCCUCCAGAUGAUUGUGAAGUAAAAUUAUCACACAGAAAAAAGUCAUAUUUACAAAUUUAUACGAAUAGCACUGAGGAAAGAAAGAAAGCUAUUAAAGCUAUUCAAGACAGUAAUUUUGAAACUGCAUCAGAUGACAUGUGGUCAUUUCAUCAUAAGGUAACUCGAGAGAAUGGAAUCCAACUUUCUGAAUAG